AUGAAUACAAGGAUGGAAACUACAUUUUAUGACGAUGCACUGAGCGCUGCUUUUGCCCAGCCUGAAGCUGCUGGCUAUGGAUACAACUCCAAAGUGUUAAAGCAAAGUAUGACUCUGAACCUAUCUGACCCCACCAGCUCCAUCAAACCUCACCUGCGCAACAAGGCUGCCGAUCUUCUCACCUCCCCAGAUGUUGGACUUCUUAAACUUGCCUCUCCUGAACUUGAAAGGCUUAUUAUUCAGUCCAGCAAUGGCAUGAUCACCACCACGCCGACACCAACACAGUUCCUGUGUCCCAAAAAUGUUACAGAUGAGCAGGAGGGCUUUGCAGAGGGUUUUGUUCGAGCACUUGCAGAGUUGCACAAUCAGAACACUUUACCAAAUGUGACCUCUGCCCCCCAACCUGUCAGUACUGGACUGACACCUGUUUCUUCCAUAGCAAGUAGCACUGGCUUCAGCAACACAUUGCAUAGUGAACCACCAGUUUACGCCAAUCUGAACAAUUUUAACCCCACUCCAAGUGCUGUCACCUCCACAACCACUACCCCUGCUUUCAACAGCAAUGGUUUGAGCUUUGGUCCUCAGCAUCACAACACCCCACCAAUUUCAGUGCAGCACCCAAGAUUGCAAGCUCUCAAGGAAGAGCCACAGACUGUCCCUGAAAUGCCUGGGGAGUCUCCACCACUGUCCCCUAUUGACAUGGAGUCACAGGAGAGGAUAAAAGCUGAGCGGAAACGCAUGAGGAACAGAAUUGCUGCUUCCAAGUGCAGGAAAAGGAAACUGGAGAGGAUUGCUAGAUUGGAAGACAAAGUAAAAACACUUAAAUCUCAGAACUCUGAACUUGCAUCCACGGCUAACCUGCUCCGGGAGCAAGUAGCUCAGCUCAAGCAGAAGGUCAUGAAUCACGUCAACAGUGGCUGUCAGUUAAUGUUAACACAACAGUUGCAAACAUUCUGA